AUGGCGAAACGCAAGGCACCUGAAGAACUCUCCACUAAUAAUGAAUUGAAGGUUGAGCGUAUUCGUGUUUGGACUGAGAAGGGUACCCAUGCAUCUUGCAUUGCGAAUCAGAAAGUCAAGAAUAUUAGCGCCUCUUCUUCUUCUCCACAAGCACCACCAUCUACUCCGCCACAACUUCUGUCUGAGCUUGCUGCAUUUGAGGCGCGAGAUAUUUUAAAUGACGAGGCUGUUCUACCAGAUGAGCUUUCCGAUGAAGAGAUCACUAGCACCCAGGCUCUCUUAACUCAAGCGCACAUUGAUGCCCAUGAAGAGUCCAAUUUCCGCAAGUGGCAACAUUUCUGGGAUAGCUGUAUCCACUCAUAUACGAGAAAGGCUGGAAAGCUGAGAAAGAAGCCUGAGCGUCUCUUUGAGUAUAUGCCAUGGAUUGAUGUAGAGGAAGGCUUCAAAGAGGCGUUCUUACUUGUCUACUCUAAGAAGUUUGAUAAGGAAAAGUGGGCUAAGGUAUCAGCUGCGCAGGAUAUGUUGUUCCUGGAGCUAGAGUAG